CAACAAGGGCGAAAAUCGAGUUCUUGUAUCGCUGUGUAGUUGUGUAUAAACAAUUUCCAUAUUGAGCACCAAUCGUACGAUUAUAAAUUGUUCACUAUCAGUCGUCAGAGAAGCAGAAAGAAGACAAGAUAAUCCAAGAUGAUGCGCAAAUCACUGACAAAUCUCCUAAAAAAAACCCUGAAAAUCCAAAACCCAAAACUAAAAUCAUCAUUAAUACCUACAAAAAGCUUCAGUAAUACAAGUUCAUCAUCAAUUUACAACUGGGAUUUGAGUUCUGCUGCAACAGAGAAGGUGGAUUGUGUAGUAAUUGGAGCUGGAAUUGUGGGAAUUGCAAUUGCUAGAGAUUUGGCUUUCAAAGGUAGAGAAGUUUUAGUCCUUGAAUCUGCUCCUACUUUUGGAACUGUAACUAGUUCUCGCAACAGUGAAGUUAUUCAUGCUGGGAUUUAUUAUCCUCCCAAAUCUCUCAAGGCUAGGUUUUGUGUCAAAGGAAGAGAGAUGAUGUACAAGUACUGUUCAGAGCGUGAUGUCCCUCACAAGAAGAUAGGUAAGCUUAUUGUUGCUACUCGGGAAUCAGAGGUUCCAAAAUUAAAUGAGCUGUUGGUUCGUGGAACUGAAAACGGAGUUGAUGGUCUGAGAUUGAUGGAGGCAUCUGAGGCUAUGAGGAUGGAGCCAGAACUGCAAUGUGUCAAAGCCCUGUUUUCACCUCUUUCAGGAAUUGUUGAUACCCAUUCUCUGAUGUACUCUUUACUGGGAGAAGCUGAAAAUUAUGGGGCAAUAUUUUCUUACAACACCACUGUCCUUGGGGGCAACAUAAAAGGAAACCAAAUCGAGCUUUUUGUGACGGGAAGCCAGAGUUUAGAAAACUUUAAUGAGGGAAUUACACUACAAGCUGAAGUUAAGCUUCUUCCUAAGGUUGUAAUUAAUUCAGCUGGCUUGGCCGCUGUGCCCCUUGCUAAGAGACUGAUGGACCUUGAUAAUUCUGUCAUUCCCAUUGCCCAUUAUGCUCGCGGUCAUUACUUUUCUCUAUCAAAGACUAAGGUGCCACCUUUUAGACAUCUAAUAUAUCCAAUACCAGAAGAUGGUGGGCUUGGGGUGCACGUAACACUAGAUUUAGAUGGCCAGAUCAAAUUUGGGCCUGAUGUCGAAUGGAUUGGUGAUGUGACUGACGUUGCGAGUUUUUUGAAUAGGUUUGAUUACUCUGUAUGUCCUCGUCGCAGUGAAAUUUUUUAUCCAGAGAUAAGGAACUACUAUCCCCAGCUGAAGGAAGGAUCUUUAGAGCCAGGUUAUGCAGGGAUACGCCCAAAACUCUCUGGUCCCGGAAAGACCCCUUCUGAUUUUGUAAUUCAGGGGCAAGAUGUUCAUGGAGUACCUGGACUUGUGAACCUUUUCGGCAUUGAAUCACCCGGUGUGACUGCAAGUAUGGCCAUUGCGGAUUAUGUAUCUUCUAGGGUCCUCCAUACGAUGUAGAUUAGUACUCACAAACACACAGCUCGUUUGGUAGCUGGUAAUAAAUAUAUGUAAUUUUGUGAUGAAAUCUGAUACCAAAGCCUCGCCCUUGGUAAUGAAGUUUCAUCUCCAUAUUCACCAAAAAUAUGUUUUUUUUUUCU